AUGGCUUCAAAAAAUCAAUACUGUUUAAACCCAAUUUGUGAAUCAGUCAAAGACUUGAAAGAAGCGACCAGAAUGGUGUGUGAUCACUUCAAUGUUACGUAUAAACGAUUCCUAAAGGUUUGUGUGCAUUGUUUAAGGAAAUGUUUGAAGUAUACUAAACGUCACAAAAUGGAAUUUGAAGCUGCAGAAAGCUUGUCUUUUAAUUAUGCUUCAUAUUCUGUUGUUAAAUCAGAAGAUGAAAAUUCUAUAAGCACUCCUGUGGAUAUUUCAGUACAUGCCAAAAAUGUUAUUACUGGAAUUAAAGUAACUAAAGAAAAUGAAACUUCUAAGCAUACCAAAAAUUAUAAAUGUAAAUUGAAUGAUAUUACAACUGAUAGUUCAAUCAAUAAAAUAGAAUACAAAGAAGAAUCGUGUAAUAGUAAGUUUUCAAAGUUUUGUCCGUCAACAGUAAAGCGAAAGCACAAAUCAAAGAUUCAUGUACAUUUAACUAAAUCUAAACAGACUUGCUCAAAUAAAACUAAAGAUGAAACAAACCAUAGAAUAGUAAAAAAUGUAUUUAAGAAAAAUUCAUGCGGGAAUGGCUAUAUAGACGAUGCUAUACAACAUAUAAAUAUUAAAAACACCCCAAUUGGAGACAUAACUAAACCAAUAAAAAUAAAAAAUGUACGACGUCAAACUAAAUAUACCUUGUCUUUACCAAAAAUCAUUCUAAAACCAAAAACAUAUGCAAUUCACAAGUGUAAUUAUACUUGCGUAGAAUGGACUGACUAUGACCAGAGUAAAACAAAAAAAAUUAAUAUGUUGGCAAUACCAUUAUAUUUUGGUUUCAAAAGACAUACAACAAAUGGAUAUAGCGUUAAUAAAUCAAUAACAUAUUAUGAAACUCCUUGUGGAGUUUCUAUUCAAAAUAUAAAUGAAAUGUUGCACUAUCUUGUAACGACUAAAAGCAAAAUGACAAUCGAUCAGUUUGAUUUUAAUAGCUCUGUGAACCCAUUGGCAAAAUAUCGUAUUUUAAGACCCAUCAAGUUUUUGGACGAUUUAUCUGAAGGAUUGGAAUUUAGACCAAUAACUUGCGUGAAUAGUAUUAAUGAUGAACUGCCACCAAAAAUUAAGUAUACGAUUACUAGACAAGCAACAGACGGUGUCAACAUAAAUGUGGAUACUGAUUUUCUAUGCGGAUGUGAUUGCACAGAUAAUUGUCAAGACAAAUCAAAAUGUGCUUGUUGGCAGAGUACAAUAAACGGACAAGAUAAUAUGCCAGACCUUGAAAAAGAUCCAAAUGCCGGUUAUAUUUAUCGACGAUUGUAUGAAAAUGUACCAACUGGUAUUUAUGAGUGCAAUCAGACAUGCAAAUGCAACAGUUUGUGUUUAAAUCGUGUUGUACAACAACCAAUACCUAAUAACUUACAGUUGUUUAAGACAGAGAAAAAAGGUUGGGGCGUACGUUGUUUAAAUGACAUACCACGAGGAACUUUUAUAUGUUGUUAUGUUGGAAAUAUAUUAACAGAGACUAAUGCCACAGAACAAGGUAAAAAUCAUGGAGACGAGUACUUGGCAGAUUUAGACUUUAUUGAAGUAGUUGAGAAAUGCAAAGAAGAUUAUGAAGAAUAUGCUUAUUCAACUGAACAAAACACUAAAUCUCAAAACCUGUCAGAAAAAACUAUAGAUAUAUUGAAUAUAAUAGCCAUACAUAGUAAUUAUUUUCAUUCCCAAAACUUAAAUAAAACAUAUUUACAUAUAUUUAUUUAAUAUUUAAAUUUUUAUUUAUUAUUUUUUUUAGAUAAGAACCUGACCUCAAACAAUGCAUUACAAUUUUUGGAAUCUAGAAAUCUCAAACAUAAGUACUUUCCUUCAAAUAGAAACGACUAUAAACCUCGAAAAUCAGUACGUAAUUACUAUGAUAAUUGCAAUAGUGUGUAUACCAUAAAUGCAAAAUAUAACGGCAACAUUGGACGAUAUUUCAAUCACUCGUGUAAUCCUAAUUUAUUUGUACAAAAUGUAUUUGUGGACACACAUGAUUUACGUUUUCCAUGGAUAUCGUAUUUUUCGGAACAAUGUAUACCAGCAGGAACAGAACUUACUUGGGAUUAUGGUUAUGAAAUAGGAAGCAUACCGGGAAAAGAAGUGGCUUGUUAUUGUGAUUCAGAUAAAUGUAAAAAGAGACUUCUCUAAAUGUAUAACUGUUAUUUAAGAAAAACUAAGCUGUGAAUUUUGAUGGUAUUUAAUUAAUAUGACAUAAUGUUAUGUUCAUAUUACUAUCUUCAAACCCAUUUCUGCCAGAAUGUAAAUAAUGUUUUU